AUGACCAUCAGCGCGCUCCGCCCGGGGGGCUGCCCGCGCCUGCAGCUGCCCUGCCUGGCCAAGAUGGAGCGCGUGGUGGUGGGCAUGCAGGACCCCGACAUGGGCCUCAAGAUGCGCAGCCAACGCCUGCUCAUCACCGUCAUCCCGCACGCCAUGACCGGCAUUGACAUUGUGGAGUGGCUCAUCCAGAAAUACGCCAUCUCGGAGGAGGAGUCCUUGCACCUGGGCAACCUGAUUGUGAAGCACGGCUACAUCUACCCUCUGAAGGAACCUCGCAGCCUGGCACUGCGGGCGGACGAGACGCCCUACCGAUUCCAGACGCCCUACUUCUGGAUGACCACGAAGUGGCCGGCCACGGAGCUGGAUUACGCCAUCUAUCUGGCAAAGAAGAAUAUCCGCAAGCAGGGAGACCUCAUUGAGCACGAGAAGGAAGACUACAGUCAGCUGCACAAGAGGAUCAACCACUCCUGGGACUUCGUGGUGAUGCAGGCGCGGGAGCAGCUGCGAGCCGCCAAGCAGCGCCGGAAGGGCGACCGCAUCGUCAUUGAGUGCCAGGAGCAGGCCUACUGGCUGGUCAACAGGCCCCCGCCUGGAGCCUUGAACGUGAUGGAUCAGGGCCCCGAGCGGAGGAACCGCCAGAGCACUAGAGUGCAGCUGGAGAAGAACAGCGACUACUACAAGAGGGAGAUCCGUUACUUCCGCGCCGCCAUGGGCAGGUCACGCAUCAAGUCUUCCGUUUGCCUGGAAGGGUACAUCAAGUUCAAUGAGCAGUACGUGCCCCACGACCCCAUCAUGUCUGGCUGCCUUCCCAGCAACCCCUGGAUCACGGAUGACACCAUGUACUGGGUGAUGAACGCCCCCACGGUGACGGCCCCCACCAAGCUGCGCGUGGAACGCUGGAGCUUUGGCUUCAGUGAGCUGAUCAGCGACGCCCUGGGCCGGCUGCAGCUGCUGGAGUUCCUCAAGAAAGAGUUCAGCGCGGAGAACCUGAGCUUCUGGGAGGCCUGUGAAGAGCUGCGUUAUGGGGAGCAGGGGCGCAUUGCUGAGAUCGUGGACUCCAUCUAUCAGCAGUUCCUGGCCCCCGGAGCCACCCGCUGGGUGAACAUUGACAGCAAGACCAUGGAGCGCACCCUGGAGGGGCUGAAGACCCCCCACCGCUACGUCAUGGACGACGCCCAGAUGCACAUCUACAUGCUGAUGAAGAAGGACUCCUACCCGCGCUUCCUGAAGUCCGAUCUCUACAAGAGCCUGCUGGCAGAGGCCCUCAUCCCGCCAGAGACCAAGAAGGGGGUCUUCCCCUUCAUGCGGAAGCAGCGCCACUCCAGCCCCAGCCCGGCCUGGCUGCCCCCUCCUGGGGACCCCGAGGUGAAGGCGGAAGAGAAGAGCCCGGCUGCUCCAGCCCCCGCCGCUGAGCCUCAGCCCGAGGACGACAGCUAGUGGGCCCUCCGCUGCUCCCCUCCCG